AUGGUCCCAUUGGAGAGCUCAGCCAGCUCCAUGGGCAGCUCUGGAACCUUUAGAGUUGUCCUGAGUUGGGGCAAGAGGGCUGGACCUGCACACCCCUGCACUGAUCAGACUGUGGAUGCAGCGACAGGGAAAGGGAGGUGUACAACUGGGGCAGUGCCCCUCCACCUAGUCUUUUCCACUGUGCCCACUCAGAAGCCCUCAGCCUGCUUCAGGGGGCAGCAGCAUGCUAUUACGGUUUCAAGCCACGGCUCAGCUUUCAACAACCUGGGCCACUGCUUAAUUUUCUUUAAAUAUUCUAGGUUUCUGUUUUUUACCAGUUUGGCAUUACAGAUCAUCCACUUGGGAAACAACAGUUAUCACAGAGAGAAACAUAAAGGUAACAGAGAAGAAAUCAACAAUGCCACAGCCCAAAAGCUCCAGCAGAAAACACUCAACUGGACCCUGAAUAAUUUUGGGGAGGUGAAUGCAAGCGCCAAAGGCUGGAGGCCCCAGGAUUCACCUCCCUACUUCCCGAAUCUCCAAGAGCGUGAGCCCCAGCAGCUGCGCUGCUGCAGGAACGGCGGCACCUGUGUGCUGGGCAGCUUCUGCGUGUGCCCCGCCCACUUCACCGGCCGUUACUGCGAGCAUGACCAGAGGCACAGCGAGUGCGGCGCGGUGAAGCACGGAGCCUGGACCUUCCAUGGCUGCCGCCUUUGCAGGUGUGUCUUCGCAGCCCUGCACUGCCUACCCCUUCAGACACCUGGCAGCUGCGACCUGGAAGACUUUCUUGCUGCACGGUCUAAUGGACUAAGCACACAACACAUGCUGAGUGUUCUCUUCCUCCUUCCCUGCUUGCUAUUACAAAGCAUCCUCAGUGAAGGGGGAGACUCCUGACUGGACCUUAGAGGACCUAACUCGCAGUUCCACACUGGCAGAAUCUUGGUGUUCCCAGCACAGCGUGAGCAAGUAUGGUUCUCUGUGGGAAAGCCAGGACAUGUGCAUCCACUUCAUUUUCUGUGCUGUAGGUAAUAGAUUUGUUUCAUUUCCUAGAACUGAAGCAUU